AUGAAUAAAAGUACUUGUCUAGGGACAGCAAAGACCCCGAGCAAGCUGUGGAGGCUACACUGUCUGGCAUUCCCUCAGCGUUUCGUCAGAGCCAGACCCGCCUGCAGCUGAAGGGAGGCGUGCUCUGCUUCGGGAGAAGACUGGAACCGAGCUGGGAGCCGAGCGCGGCAGGGAAGGAGGUCCCCGCUCUUCGCUUUGCGCCUGGUGCGUCGGAUCCGCGAGACUCUGAAAGCUGCGGACCGCCACCCGACUCCCACUGGUGCAGGCAGCAGCAUGCAGCCUCUGCCAAGCCUGUGUGGACGCGUCCUUGCGGCGCUGAUCCUUGCCUGCGGUGUGGCCGGGGUCCAGGGAGAAGAGAGGGGAUUCUCGCCGGCCGGGGCCACUCCACAACUUCUGGGGUCCGAAGAGAUAAUGACGCCCCCCACUAAGGCCUCCUGGCCGAGGGGGUCCAACACCAGCAUGCCGCGGUCGUCAGCACCUCCGCAAAUGCCUAAAGCAGGGAGGACGGCGGGAGACCCGCCACGCACCCUCCCCCCUCCCCCGUGCGAAGGAGCCAUCGAGAUCAAGGAGACUUUCAAGUACAUCAACACGGUAGUGUCCUGCCUAGUGUUCGUGCUGGGUAUCAUCGGAAACUCCACACUGCUGAGAAUCAUUUACAAGAACAAGUGCAUGCGGAACGGCCCUAAUAUCUUGAUUGCCAGCCUGGCUCUGGGAGACUUGCUGCACAUCAUCAUUGACAUCCCCAUCAAUGUCUACAAGCUGCUCGCGGAGGACUGGCCCUUUGGAGUAGAGAUGUGUAAGCUGGUGCCUUUCAUCCAGAAGGCCUCCGUGGGAAUCACUGUGCUGAGUCUAUGUGCUCUAAGUAUUGACAGAUAUCGAGCCGUUGCUUCUUGGAGUCGAAUUAAAGGAAUCGGGGUUCCAAAAUGGACAGCAGUAGAAAUUGUUUUAAUUUGGGUGGUCUCUGUGGUCCUGGCUAUCCCUGAAGCCGUGGGUUUUGAUAUGAUUACCACUGACUACAAAGGAAGUUAUCUGCGAAUCUGCUUGCUUCAUCCCACUCAGAAAACAGCCUUUAUGCAGUUUUAUAAGACAGCUAAAGAUUGGUGGCUAUUUAGUUUCUAUUUCUGCUUGCCAUUGGCCAUCACCGCACUUUUUUAUACCCUGAUGACUUGUGAAAUGUUGAGAAAGAAGAGUGGCAUGCAGAUUGCUUUAAAUGAUCACUUAAAACAGAGACGGGAAGUGGCAAAAACAGUAUUUUGCCUGGUCCUUGUCUUUGCCCUGUGUUGGCUUCCCCUUCACCUCAGCAGGAUUUUGAAACUCACUCUUUAUGAUCAGAAUGAUCCCAAUAGAUGUGAACUUUUGAGCUUUUUGUUGGUAUUGGACUACAUCGGCAUCAACAUGGCCUCCCUGAAUUCCUGCAUUAAUCCAAUAGCUCUGUAUUUGGUGAGCAAAAGAUUCAAAAACUGCUUUAAGUCAUGCUUAUGCUGCUGGUGCCAAUCAUUCGAAGAAAAGCAGUCUUUGGAGGACAAGCAGUCGUGCUUAAAGUUCAAAGCUAAUGAUCACGGAUAUGACAACUUCCGUUCCAGUAAUAAAUACAGCUCAUCUUGA